AUGCUACCGUCUGUAGCUCAACCCCCGUCCCAUCACUUCCUGCCGCACAACCAUAUAGACCACACCGUGUCAUUCGAUCCACCGCAGACCCUAUACGAUUACACCAGCCAGCGUCAUGGACAUAUGGAGCAGCCGUCUCUGCAGUCGGCCCCGACGUCAAGAGUUCAAUACCUCCGCCCAAUCCAAAGACUGAACCCUCGACCAACCCCGGGCCCACGUCAAUUGCGCGAUGUUAAUCCCUUGGAGAGCACGCUACGUCGGAAAACACCGAGUGGAACCCUCGCUGCUGGAUACGAUGCAACUGAUAGUUCCGUUCAGCCACCGGCGUCGAAGCACAUCCUCGUAUCUUCUUUGGAAACAGAUCAGCUGAUGAUGCCUCGCGUUGCUUUGUCCAUGGACUCCCUGCAAUAUAAGCCUCUGGAGCCGCCUAACCUUUUGCAGCGUCAAAAUUUCACGCCCGGCUACAAGCCAGAAGCCAACAGGCUCAAUCCACUCCAAAACACGGUGCCUCAGGGGCUUCAUAGUACCAACUGGAUUCGCUCAUUGAAUCAUCCACAAAGCAUCGAUUCGGUUCUACAGCAUGGCUCCGCCCUCACGCCAUCUCAGAGGGUAUACUGGCAAAAUAUUCCGACCAUUCCGACCGUCCUAGCGUCAUCAUUUCAACCCGGUGGCCGUGGAUCCGCCGAUUCGUCAGGUUUUGGCCAGUACGGGCCCUACUGGCCCGAUGGCGGAUACAUUCCUUACCGUCCUGCAGCGUUUCGAGAUUCAAGGUAUCAAUCAAUUCCACUCCUCGGUCAAAACGUCCCCCCCGAAAAUGCAAACUCAUUUAGCGGGUUUCAACCCAGUUUUAAUGGGCAAUCCCUUCCCCCUUCUGAACUCAUGACCCCAGAUCAGCAGCAUUUUCCUCCACGUCAUGUCCCCCCAAAAGUACCAGAAGCGUUCUGGCCCCAGAACAAUGUGCCGUACGCCCCGGCACAGCCAAACAGCCAAACUUCCCAUCAAAUACACCCCGUAAAUAACAACGGCUGGCAUACUCAAUCUCUUGGGCUUCGGCCAAGCGUCCAAGGGCCGAACCACCAACCUAGAAAUGCCGAAUUCAAAGAAAAAAUACUCGCUUGGGCUCACAGUGUCUAUGUUGACUUGCUAGCUUCGCUACACAGUGCGCGAAGGAAAAACGUCGCUCAAGGGAUUGCUGACGGCCGAACUCGCGAUCUCAACAAGCCGUGUAUUUUCCCAAAGCCGCCUCGUCAGCCCGGGUCCGAUUUUACUUCACGAUCUACUCAAAUUGAAGCCAAUAGCGCAUCGCCCUUCCCCACGCAUCAACAACAUGCAGCAGCUACUAGCAAUUUUGUAGAUGCUAGACGACAUUCAGCUCACUUCGCUCCUUCGCAUUCUAGUUUCCUACACAAUGGACAUGACAGCCGUGGACAUUUCACCCAGCCGCUUGACGGUUUCCGGACUAUUCGCCGAUCAUCUACUGCCUCCGUUCCUCGCAUGCUUAACCCAGCAUUCAAAGGAGUUUCUGCAGCUGAAAAUGCAGCUACCGCCCUGGAGAUUCUUUCAAGUUUAUGCAUCGAAAGUAAUUGGGAUUGGAUCGAUGGAAUUCUUGUCGGAGGCUGCCUUGCAUACGGGUUAGGAGAUUAUCCCAAGGCAAUGCGAUGGUAUAACCGAAUCAUUAACAAAGAUCCUACACACGUUGAAGCAAUUUCUAACCUCGCCGCCACCCUCCUUGCCCUGGAGCGCCGAGAUGAAGCCCUUGAACAUUGGUUUCAAGCCAUCAAAUUAAGACCAAGUUAUUUCGAAGCUGUUGAACACCUCGUCGGGCUGCUGUGUAGCAGUCAGCGUGGGAAAGAGGCUGUCAAUGUUAUCCAGUUCGUGGAGCAGGCGCUUCGUUUGCCCCCAACUGGUGACUGCUUUAAAGGGAAGGGGGCUGAUGAAGAAUCGGAGAGUGAGUCAGAAGGCAGGGAGUCAAUUGUCUCGGGGGCCGAGUCUAUGGAUAGAGCAGCAUUCGAUUAUUCAGAUGACCUUCAAAGCCCCCUGGCUUUUAAUGCUCGCCCCGCGAAGAAUGCACCAGACGGCUUUGGAUCCAGUGGAUACGCGAUACCGGGAUCAGAAAAUGGAAGAAUGGUCGCGCUAAUUCAUGCAAAGGGCAAUAUGCUUUAUGCUUUAGGCGAUAAUGCUGGAGCUUCAGCUGCUUUUGAAGAAGCCAUUCUGCUCGGUGCUGGGAGACCUCGAAGCAUCGAAAGUCUUAUUCGCAGAAUUCUCGCCGCAUACAACGACGAAGGUCAGCAUGGCGCCGUUCCCAGUACCAAUCGUCAUCGGCCCAGCAAAACCGUCCUGCUUUUCCCGGACAAAGCUUUGCAAACGGCAAAAUUAGUGUUUCCUAAUGGCAAUCUCCCAGGCUUGAAUUACGUACCCGAGGGAAUGAGCAGGAAAGCAGCAAUCUCAACAACCAGCAAUUCGCUUCUUUCUUUAGCGAAAAUAUAUCAAGAUGGCAUGUCUAAUACAUCGGUAUCAGGAGCCCCCAAGGCCACUCCGGGAGUUAGAGACAUCCUGGCACUCUACUAUCUUUCUCUCUCUUUACAACCAAGUCCGUCAACGGCGAAUAAUGUCGGGAUCCUACUUGCAAGUAUUCAAAAUACCGGCCCUUCGAAGACAACCCGCACCGCGGGCGAAAGCCAACUUCCCGAUAUCCCGGGCGUCGUUCCAGGCAGUGGAAUUGCCCUUGCGCUGGCCUAUUAUAACUAUGGGCUGAAUCUUGAUUUGCGGCAUGCCCACCUUUAUACUAACCUUGGAAGCUUGCUGAAGGAUAUUGGCCAACUUCCCGCCGCGAUCAAGAUGUAUGAACAAGCCGUUCAGUGCGACGGUAACUUUGAUAUUGCCCUUGCAAAUCUUGCGAAUGCUGUCAAGGAUUCUGGUCGUAUCAAUGAUGCUAUAGGGUAUUACCGACGAGCCGUGACCGCUAAUCCAGAUUUUGCGGAAGCCGUUUGCGGACUGGCGAAUGCUCUAAAUUCCGUUUGUAACUGGGGAGGUAGGGGCGGUAUUGCACCGAGUCGAGGAAUCCGAGAUCGGUGGCAUGUGGAUGAUAAAGGAAUGCUUCGCGAAGCGAAAGAAAUGGGCGUCGACUCCGGCUGGAUCAAGCGAGUAGUGGAUAUUGUGGAUAAGCAGUUGAAAGACGCUCCCGAGUGGAUUAACGCCGCCAAAUGCACCCACAGUGCUUCCGUUUCAUACCUUUACGUGCCCUCUGUCUGCCAAGCAAAUUCGCCAUAUUUCUCAGCGCAAUGGUCUCCGGAUAUCGUGUUCACUUUGCGGUCGACGUGGCUUCCUCCAACGGUUUAUCGACCUCCAGCACCUCCAAAUCCCCAUCUGAACAUUGGAUAUGUGUCGUCGGACUUCAACAAUCACCCACUGGCACAUCUCAUGCAGUCUGUGUUUGGUUUGCAUAAUCCCAGGCGCGUGAAGGCGUUCUGCUAUGCGACCACUCCGAGUGACAAUUCCAUACACCGACAACAAAUUGAGCGAGAAGCCCCAGUAUUCCGAGAUGUGAGUAGCUGGCCAGUGGAUCGGAUUGUGGAGCAGAUCGUAAACGACGGAAUUCACAUCCUGGUCAAUUUAAAUGGCUACACGCGAGGGGCCCGAAAUGAAGUUUUUGCUGCGAGGCCGGCGCCGAUUCACAUGUCAUUCAUGGGGUUUGCCGGGUCUCUUGGAGCUGAAUGGUGCGACUAUAUUCUUUCCGAUCAGCUGUCGAUACCACCAGAAACUCUAUCCCCACGAAGACGAAAUCUCAGGCUGGAGGAUCGCUUGUACGAACCAGACCAUGCGGAAGACGCGGACGAUUGGGUAUAUGGGGAAAAGAUUGUGUUUACGAGGCAUACUUUCUUCUGUUGCGACCAUAGGCAAAGUGCUCCUGAUGCUCAGAGCCCACGGUUGGGAUGGGAGGAGGAGCAGUCUAAUCGAUGGAAAAUGCGAAAAGAACUGUUCCCAAAUCUGCCAGACAAUACGAUUAUCCUAGGCAAUUUCAACCAGCUUUACAAGAUUGAACCUACCACGUUCCGGAGCUGGUUGCGUAUAUUGGCUCGCAUUCCAAACGCAAUCCUUUGGCUUCUCCGCUUCCCCGAUCUGGGUGAACAAAAUCUCCGUCAAUCGGCGGUUGCUUGGGCAGGUGAAGCCACCGCCUCACGGAUAAUCUUUACAGAUGUCGCCCCAAAACACGCUCACAUCUCACGCGCCCGUGUUUGUGAUCUCUUCCUCGAUACCCCCGAGUGUAACGCCCACACCACGUCAGCAGAUAUUCUUUGGAGUGGAACACCACUCAUCACUUUCCCGCGAUACAAAUAUAAAAUGUGUUCUCGCAUGGCUUCCAGCAUCCUCACCAGCGCUCUUCCUCAAAACGCAGCUGGGCGAGAGGCAGCUAGCGAACUCAUCACCUCAUCGGAAGAAGAAUACGAGAAUAACGCCAUUCGUCUUGGUUUGGAUAUGCAAUAUGAACCUGGCGGGAGUGGGCGGGCUAGAGGAAGACUGUUUGAACUGAGAAAGAUGCUGUUCUUGAACCGAUGGGAGAGUAAAUUGUUUGAUACCAAGAGAUGGGUAAACGACGUUGAGUCGGCGUACGAGGCGGUCUGGAGUAGAUGGGUUAAUGGAGAAGAGGGCGACAUAUGGCUUUGA